GUUCAGGCAGAAGCCCGUCUCCCAUACCCUUCAAGGCUUCUCUCUCCGUCCAGCGUACUUAAGCAAUCGAGGCGUCGUCGUACCCCUUUCAGAAGCAUCCACCGCGUGCUGACCUGAUUCAUCUGAACCCGAGACCCGGCCUUUCAAACCGCACUUUGACCGACUACGCCAUACAAGCAAACCGAGCGUCCAUAUAAAUACCUACGCUCGGACGAAUGUGGACGCUAGGUUUCUCCAAGCAGUCCGAAUUGAACACCAAACCAUCGCUCAUACGCCGACUGACACUCGACAAAGGAAAGCCACGCACUCCAACCACUACCACCUCCGAGCGUCGUGCCAGCCUGUCUUCCGUCACUUCCCAACUUCGUCCGGUGCACAUGUCGCCUUCGAAGCUCGCGACGACGUGUUCUGCCAGGCAGUUGAACUCUGCCUGGCCCGUGAAGGCACCACCAACAACACCACCCAGCCACAAUUUGAAGAUCGACUACGCCAGCUUGCCGCCCCGAACGUCCUCAGCAACCGGCUCCGUGCAGGUCACUGCCUCGGAUGAUCAUGAAGCGCGAUUAUCCGACGUCAAACCUCUCUCGGUGUCCCCGAACAACGGUCACACCUCUUCGCCAUCCCGACGUGGAAGGUCAAUCAGAGACACAAAGGCCAAGACGGCAGCGAAACGGCGAAGCAGGAGCUUGACGACAUCCACGGCCAACUGGAAGAUAGACUCGAUUGCGGAGGUGGUCGAGGAACCUACCAAACCUGUGGAGGUCAUGCGUCGAAGCAGAAGCCAUAGUCCCGUCCGGAUAGACGAGAAGCAGCACUUUGGAGCCAAGACGGUGGCGAAGAAGAGGGAGAGUCGAUUUGUGUCGAAACGGGCAUCGGCAGGGCCGGUGCUGGUCUGUGCAGCGAACCUGAGCAGUCGCAACUUCCGGUCGCGCGUGCAUCCGUCCUCAGCGCUAAGCAUUCAGGGGCGGACAUCAUCGCUUGUGGAUGAUCUUCUUGCCGAGGACCAAAGGGAAGAGGAACUUGUGCGACGAGAAACUCCUUCUCCCAUCCCGUCUGUCGACGAUUCCGUCCGGCUACGACAGUCGCUCGAACAGCAAAUAUACCUAUCCGCCUACGCGAAACUGCAAGAUACCAAACGGUCGCCAUCGUCUCGGAUGGCCCUCGCCAACCUGAUGUUGUACAUCCAAAGUAUUCAACCUGGUGUCGAACUACUGGAAAUACCAUCCGACGGGUCCACAUCAGCAACAUGGGCGCAAGCAGCGAACUACACCACAUCAGCGCCAUGGACCAACAAAGAAGACGGGGACAUUGCCAUGAUCCAAGCACCACUCCCCAACCCAACGGCAUUUGGCAAAAAGCCUACAAGCCAAUUCGUCCGAGCACGAAGAAGCAACCGCAAACGUCUCGCAAAGCUAGCAGCCGGCAUAUCUCUCUCCCCAGGAGCGUCACCACUCCGCUACGAGCUCGGCGACGAGUCCAACGUGUCUACGCUCCUACGGCCAUCCCCGGAACCCCCACGGGCGCCAAGCCGGCUCAGCGCCUCCACGUCCCGCAGCUGCCUCAUGAGCGAAGAUGUGGGGGGCUUCCAGAUCUACGAAGCAUCCACGAACGCGAGCGAGUUCUCAGUGGCCACGUCCAUCUCGGGGAAACAGAAGAAGAAGAAGACGGGGAUCAAGAAGGUCCUGCACUUCUUCAAGAGCACAUUCCUGAUCGAAGACCCUGUGCAGCGCGCGAGACGGCGGGAAGCCGCGUUUUACAACCCUGGUGCUGCCAGGACGUCGAUGCCGGAGAUCGUCGUCGUGCCGCCUAAGAGCAUCUCCAAGUACGAUUUGUCGACGGGGACGGUGGAUGUGGGGUUCCGGAAACGGAGUAUGGGGCAGUUGCGGGCAUGAGUUCCCCUCGCUUCGACUUCAACCGCCAUACCCUCAUGCGGAAGCGCUACCAUAUAUACCACGGCCGAAGAACGCGCAUACCCACCCCACCAAGCCGCCGAGAGGCAUAAGCGCGCGUCAAUCCCCGCUAAUACCUCAUGUACAAACCUCAUACGCAAAUCGAACCCAACCAACGGAAAAUCCCACUCCCAAGAGCCUCAUCGCCAACCCUCAAACCCACGAUGAGGCA